AUGCAAGGCUUACGAUCCCUCGCGGUGGCCGGCCUUCUCGCUGCAGGUCUGGUUUCUGGGCAAACAACAAGCACUCAAUGUGUGAAGGGUCUCAAGAUCUUCGUGGGCCGUGGAACCGGUGAGCCGCUGGUCGACGCCCAGAACAAGGACACAACCCUCGUCUCGGAGACCGGCCUGGGCAACAACACGCGAGGGUUGGGCGAGACCGGAAAGCUCCUCGUGCCCAUCUUUGACAAGAUCCCCGAUUCCAACUACACGGCCAUUCUGUACCCCGCGAGCAACGGAAGAAGGGGAACGAACGAGUCAAACUACUUCGAAUCGGUGGUCAAUGGCACUGAGAUGGCCAGGAAGGCCAUGACGGAGUACGCCACGGCCUGUCCCGACGGAAAGAUGGCCUGGAUAGGAUACUCCCAGGGCGCACAAAUCAUCAGCAAUAGCCUCUGUGGCAUGCCCGUCAUCUGGGCUCAGUUCAUGUCCAAUCCCAGCCUCCCCGGCAUGGUCUCUCUCACACAGCCUCUCCCCACCAACGUCACCAAGAACGUGAUCGCCACCCUUCUGCUCGGCGACCCUUCCCACAAGAACGGCACAAACUACAACUACGGCUCGCACAACCUGACCGGCGACGGCGUCUUCUACCGCGGCGACACGAGCGCCUGCGAGGCCCUGGGCAAGCGCAUCCGCUCCUACUGCGACGCCGGGGAUCCGUUCUGCGACGUCGGUCCAGCCUACAGCGACGCCCACGGCCGCUACGUCAAGAACCACAAGGACGAGUUCGUCGACUACAUUGUCGAGCAGUGGAGCAACGGCGGCGAGACCGGCGAGGUGUCGACGACGACGACUCGGAGCGGCGCGUCGCCCUCGACUACUGGUGAUGCUGGUAGCGGGGCACCCGGGCUUGCUAAGGCUUCCGGCUUCGCCGUGAUUCUUUCUUUAGUUUCGUUUCUUCUGAUCUAA